CUUGCCGGCCCAGUCUCAAAGCAGGAGUAUUUCAUUUGUACCUUGCUGGAUCGGAGUGUGCCAACAGCCAAGACAAAAGCACAUGGCUGCACCUGCACUGCACCUCUUUGUUUUUUGUACCUUACUGGACGAAUGACCUGAACCAUGGAGUGGUCACGUCCCGCCUGCAUCCCAGUCACAGCCGCCGCCGUCGUCCUCCUCCUCCUCCUCCUGCCGCGCUUCUGCUCACCGGCCGGCGACAAGUUGACCCCCGGGGAGUCGCUGUUGCCCGGUGAGACCAUCGUGUCCGACGGCGGCGCCUUCGCGCUGGGCUUCUUCGCACCGUCCAAUGCCACGCCAGGCAGGCAGUACGUCGGCAUAUGGUACAACAACAUCCCCGUGCAGACGGUGGUGUGGGUCGCCAACCGGGACGCGCCGGUCACCGUCGGCGACGCGCGCUCCGGCAACUCCUCGUCGUCGUCGUCGUCUGCGCCGUCGCUUGCCCUGGCUAACGGCUCCGCCUCCACCGACCUCGUCUUGUCCGACGCCGGCGGCGGUCGCGUCGUUUGGACCACGAACACCACGAGCUCGGGUACUGGUUCGACCGCCGUGCUUCUCAACUCCGGCAAUUUCGUCCUCCGGUCGCCGAACGGCACCACGCUCUGGCAGAGCUUCGACCACCCGACGGACACGUUCAUCCCGGACAUGAAGGUGGGCCUGCGCUACCGGACGCACGACGGCGCGCGCAUCGUGUCGUGGAGGGGGCCCGGCGACCCGUCGCCGGGUACCUUCUCGUACGGCAUGGACCCGCGCACGUCGCUGCAGAUGCUGAUGUGGAACGGGACGCGCACCUACUGGCGCAGCUCUGCCUGGACGGGGUACAUGACCGUCAGCAGGUACCACGCCACCACCGGCACGGUCAUCUACGUGGCGGUGGUCGACAGCGAGGACGAGAUAUACAUGACCUUCCACGUCAACGACGGCGCCCCGCCCACGCGGUACGUGGUCACGGGCGCCGGCAGGUUCCAGCUCCUGAGCUGGAACCGCGACGCGUCCGCGUGGACCACGCUCGAGUCCUGGCCGUCGCGCUCCUGCAGCCCCUACGGCAGCUGCGGCGCCUACGGCUACUGCGACAACACGCUGGCCGUGGCGACGUGCAGAUGCCUCGACGGCUUCGAGCCGGCGAGCCCGGCGGAGUGGAGCGGCGGCGUGUUCUCGCGCGGCUGCCGCCGGCGGAGCCAGCAGCAGGCGCUGGCGCCGUGCGGCGGCGAGGACGACGGGGACGCGUUCUUGGACAUGCCCAACAUGAAGGUGCCGGACAGGUUCGUGCUCCUGGGGACGAACGUGAGCUCCGGCGACGAGUGCGCCGCGGAGUGCCGCCGGAACUGCUCCUGCGUGGCGUACGCGUACGCCAACCUGCGCCGGAGCAGCGCCAAGGGGGACACGGCGCGGUGUCUCGUCUGGACCGCUGACCUCGUGGACGCGCAGAUGGUCGGCGCGCUCUGGGGCGUCACCGCAGAGACGCUCCACCUCCGCGUUCCUGCAGGAUUCACUGGCAGAAAGACGAGGAACAAAAUUGUAAAAAUUGUGCUACCGGUGUUGGCAAGCAUUUCUUUGCUCUCGUGCAUUUUCCUUGUUUGGUUUUGCAAGACCAGAGAUAAGACAAGCAGCAGUGAAAGUGACAAGAAGUUAGUUCCCGGUAGCGUGCAGACUUCAAGCGACCUCGCAGAACGAAACCCUACCGAAGACCUCGAGUUCGCUUCCAUACGGUCUUUCGAAAAGGAGCUGCCUUCCAUACAGUUGAGCGACAUCGUCGCGGCGACGAAGAACUUCUCGAGGGAAUGUAUGGUCGGGCGCGGAGGCUUCGGGAAAGUGUACAAGGGGACACUGUUGGGUGGCCGUGAAGUCGCCGUCAAGAGGCUGAGCAGGGACUCCGAGCAAGGGACGGAGGAGUUCAAGAACGAGGCUACCUUGAUCUCCAAGCUGCAGCACCGGAACCUGGUCCGGCUUCUCGGCUGCUGCACGGAGGGAGCCGAGAGGCUGCUGGUGUACGAGUACCUGGCCAACAAAGGCCUAGACGCUAUCCUCUUCGACAGCGAGAGGAGGUCGCUGCUGGACUGGCCGACGAGGCUGGGGAUAAUCAAGGGGGUGGCUAGGGGCCUCCUGUAUCUCCAUCAAGACUCAAGGCUGACGGUGAUACACAGGGACCUCAAAGCGAGCAACGUCCUGCUGGACGCCGAGAUGAGGCCUAAGAUAGCGGACUUCGGCAUGGCACAGAUCUUCGGCGACAACCAGCAGAAGGCGAACACUCGGCGAGUUGUUGGGACAUAUGGCUACAUAGCUCCUGAAUACCAAACGGAGGGCGUCUUUUCUGUCAAGUCCGACGUCUACAGCUUCGGCGUGUUGGUCCUGGAGAUUGUAAGCGGCGUCCGGAUAAGCUCCACAGAUAAUAUCAAGGGAUCUCCGGGCCUUGUAGCCUAUGCAUGGAGGCUAUGGAACGAAGGGAACGCAAGUGACCUGAUGGACUCGUCCAUCUCGCAGUCGGAGAGCUGUGUGUUGGACGAAGCCUUGCUGUGCGUCCACGUCGGGCUCCUGUGCGUCCAGGACGACCCGAACCGCAGGCCGCUCAUGUCGUCCGUGGUGUCCAUCCUGGAGAACGGGAGCGUGUCUCUGCCCACGCCGGACAAGCCGGCAUACUUGGCAGAGAAGAUUUGGAACAGGGGCCUUGGCCUAGAAGGAGACGAUGUACACAACUCCAGGAACUCCAUGACCAUGACUGUCCUCAAGGGACGGUAGCCAACAAUGCAACAGACCCUUCAAAUGCGUGUUUCUGGGCGUUUGUUUGUCCAUCUGCAAUGAUUUUUGACACG